AUGCCAUCCGCAGUAACAACUACAACUCAAUCCGUCACCUUUUCCUCUGCUAUCGUUAACAAACAUGAACAAGAACAAAAUCAGCAGUCACAAUCGGAACUACAGAGAGUAGAAGAAACCCAAAGAGUCAUUAGUACCAUUCCAAAUUUUGAUGGAACUGGCGCGGGAGUUAAGCAAUAUUAUACAGAAGUAAUAACAUUGUGUCGGGAAGCCGAUCCCAAAAUAUCUCAGCAAAUCAAAUUGCAGCAUUUACUGAACAAUUUAAAACCAUGCAUUAAAUUAAAAGUUAUUGACAAAAAUCCGAAAACAGUUGCGGAGUUUCUUGAGUAUUCGAAAACUGAAGAUUUGAAUACAUUAAUUAGUCGCGAUCAAAAUUUGAGUAAUUUUGUAUCAGAUAAUUUAACUGCAGUAGCUCAUAAUGUUUCUUCUCCUACAAUUGGUUCUCAGACGUACGUAGCACCUCCACGUACGUAG